AUGCGAGCCCUUCCGGCCGCAGGAGAGCCGCACGGCCCGAGGCCGCCUCCCCGAGACGCCGGAGGGACCCUCCGCUCGCCGCCGGCGCGUCCGGCGCGCGGGAGCGCGGUGGAAAGGCUGGCCGCCGACCGCGCCAAGUUCGCGCCCGGGGCCCACGCGCCCGGCGGGGCCCCGGCGCCCGAGGCCCGCCGCCCCGGGGCCGCCAGCGGGCGGCUCAGUGCGGCGCCCGCGCCCCGCACGCCCCCCGCGGCGCCCGCGCCGGUGGCUCGCAGGGCCGUGGCGCGAAAGCCGCUGAGGCCGGACUCGCUGGUGAUCUACAGGCAGAGGUGCGCGUUCGUGCGCGGAGCCGGAGCCGGAGCCGACAGCGCCGGGGGCCUGGUGAAGAAGCUGCUCCGCGGGCCGGGCAGGGACGCAGCGCGGGGGCCGCCGGAGACCGCGCGUCCCGCUCGCCCCGCGCCCCCCGCGCCCCCCACCCCGGCCCCCGCGCCCCCCGCGCCCCCCGCCCCGGCCCCCGCGCCCCCCACGCCCGCCCGGGCCCCCGCGCCCUCCACGCCCGCCCGGGCCCCCGCGCCCUCCUUGCCGGCCCGGGCCCCCGCGCCCCCCGCGCCGGCCGGGGCCCCCGCCCCCCUCCCCGCCCCCCUCCCCGCCCCCGAGCGGCAGGCAGCGAAGCGCAGGGACCUGCAGCGCUCGCAGUCGGACCUGGGCUCCAGCGCACCGGCCCCGGCCGCCGCAGGGAGAGACGCCGACGCCUUCUUCAGGUUCUGCGGCCUGGACCCCGAGGUGGUGGAGGCCCUCGGGAGGGAGAACUUCUCCGCGGGCUCCGACCACGCCGCCCCCGGGGCGCGCGUCGUGAGCGUAAGCCUGGCCGCCUCCGACAGCGGCUCCUCGCGGCGCAGCGAGGCCGGGCCGCCCGCGGAGGAGCUCCCGGCGCCGCCGCCCCGCGCGCCCUCGGUGGUGGAGAGGAACGCCCGCAUCAUCAAGUGGCUGUACACCUGCCGGAGGGCCAAGGAGGCCCCCGGCCAGCGGCUGCAGGGGCCUUCGUGACCCCGGCGCCAGCGGAGGCCGGGACCCGAGGAAUAAAUUCCACUUCUUGAGAAUGUUUACAUGAUUUCCAAGAGUUUGAAGUUCUAUGGAGGAGAUGGGAAGGCACACCCCAACUACUGGCUGAGUUACCACUGCUAACUGCGGAUUCACUGAGGAAUAUUUUUUGUGAAAAUGUAUCCGGUUCCUGUUCCACUGGGAAGUUAUGGAAGGAAAAGGUCUUUGGAAAAGUUUUCAGAGGUACCUUUGUGGCUUAGUUGCUGACAUACAUACUGCACUGCCAUUUGACAAUAUCUAAAUUGACUUUUUUAAAGGAAAGCAAAAAGAAUCUUGAAUACUAUGGUAUUUUUUCAUUUUGCUGAUUUUCCCUACUUAAAGUUAUUUAACUAUGAAAAGUGUUUUCUUUAAAUGCUAUGGUUAGCAAAGAUACAUGCAUUCACACACCAUAGAAAACCUUAAUUUCCAGGCAUCAGCACAAUGUAAACUGCAGUUAAUUCCCAAACUGUACAACUAUUUUGUUUAAUGAGUCAGAAAACACUUUCAAAAGCACAUGAAGAUCACAGGGUUGUUUAAUUAAUGUCACUCCCAGCUGGGUUGUAGCCAUGUGAAAAUACUCAUUGAAAGAGAAAUGACAGUUGAGGUGUUUAGUGAAUUUUUUUAAUGUUUCUACAUGGUUACUUGAGAGUUGGCAAGGAAUCUUAAAAUGCUGUGAAUUCUGCAGUAGCAGGUAUAGAAUGCACUCCACGGUGUCUUCUUUCUCAAAAGAAGGUGGGAUGUGU